AUGAUUAAUCUGUCCUUGCAGCGCUUGAAUGCCAUCUGUUCAUUGCGGAUAGCAAAUUAUUCAUUUUCGGGCCAGUAUUGGUGUGCUGCAUGUUCAUUCGUGUCGCAAGGCGCCCCAGAAUGCUCACCAUCAUUGGAAGCACCGGGUGCUACUUACUUGAAUGUACAAGUACAAGGACCGCCAACCCAGUCCGAGGCGCUUCCUACUGUCCAGAAGCUUCAUAGCUCGGACAGCGCCUUGGUAACGGUACACUACUGUGCCGAACCGUUACCCAAGCUACCACGUGACGUGGUAUUUUCGGUGGACCAGAAUGAAUUGCAAAUAGGUCAAGCAUGGCAAAAUUUUCGAUUCGAAGGAACGACACAAAAUAAUACAGUGCCAAAUUGUCAUCUUGCAAAACUGCUUAUUUCACCAGUUUCGGAUUCAGAUACCAGUCGACAAGUGGUACUAAAAGUUCAAAACACCUACGGCAGCAAACAGUUUGUUUCCGUUUCAACUGAAUGA